AUGGCCCAUUAUUCUAGCACCAACAAUGAGACUAGUUCUCAAAGCUCUGCCUCUAAUGAGGUCCGACAGCUUCAGCUCCAGAAGCAGGAACUACUCGAUGCAACACGUGACCAGGCGGCCAAGAUCAACCUUCUUCUUGCGAAGGCCAGCGGCGGUAGGGGUAAGGCUAUCUCGGAAAAGAUCCUUUCACACAUGGAGUCCAUUGCCAUCUCGGCUCGGAAGUACGGGACCAUGGACGAGAUGUACCUUUGCCAGGCCGCUUUCAACGAACCCCGGCCCGUUGACCCUGUCGAUCCCAUGUCCUCCUCACGAUACACUACUUCUGCGACGGAGGAUAGUGCCUUGGUUGAGGAGUUAUAUCGCGCAUUUGUUGAGGCUGUGCAUGCACUCUUUAAUGACCCCGCAUUCGUGCGCCUGGUUCGGAAGGAGCUCUGGUCUGCGCAGUCGGACCAGCUCCUCAAGGUCCGCAGUGUCAUUGACGAGAUUUUUGUCAGCUACAACAUACCCAUCCACAUUGUCCGCAAUGCAAGGGCCAACAGGUCGCAUCCGGAUCUCUAUGCUCUCCUCGGUAUUGACCCUGAGAAUCCGACCGUCAUUCCGGAGCUUCCGAACAUCCUCUUUCCUGAGGGCCGGGUGGGUGACCUUCGGUACCUCGGCGGAAACUGGGAGCUGUUUGCGAGGAUCGCGAAGGUCAUGAUCUGCGGGCCAAGGAGCCUUGCCCAUGAAGGACCUGGUGCGAAUAACAGUGUGUCACGUUGGAACAUAGUUGAAGUUAGCCCGGGCUUUUGGGCUAAUGCGAUGGUCAAGGCUGUUCAGACAAUUUGUCCUUCCCAGAAAUUCUAUUACGACGGCACAUCUGACUACACCGAGUAUGAAUGGCCCAAGCUCCACUACCGCAUCAAGUCCCAUCUUGUCCGUAAUUGGUCAAAGCCGUAUAUUCAACGUCAGAUCAGGCAUGCCAACGCAUUCAUCUUCGGCACUGGAUCCCUCAACAACAACUCAACUAGCCAGAGCCUCGAGUCAAUUGAUAUUGACAACGCUCUUGCGAACCUCAACAUGGAUGACAUGGAGCUCUCCGAUGACGAGGACGCUGCCCCUGCUCCUGUCGCUCCUGCCCCUGCGGCCACCUCGGCUCCUGAGCCCGUUCAGGUUGUCACCCCCGCUUUGGCGCCCGAGCCAGCCGUCACCUCCUCCCCUGUGCGGCCUGCCGCUGCUCCCGCGGUUGUUUCUACUCCUGUCCCAGCUGUGGCCCCCGCUCUGGUGCCUGUCCUUGCGCCUGCGGCUGUUACCACUCCUACCACAACUGCUGCCCCCGCUCUUGUGGCUGUGCAAGCUCCCGCGGCUGCAGCUGCGCCCGCCUCUGCCUUUGUUCGGAUCCCCACUGGCGGCUCCAUCUCCUCGCCCAUCGCGCCUUUCAAGCUGGCAUCCCUGCUCCUGCCCCUGUCAACCCCGGUUCCACCCCCGGCGGUCGCUGCUCCCAUCCUGUUGGCUAGCCCUCCUCACGCUGCGGCCGCCAACGCCUCUGGCUCCACGCCCGAUACCAAUGACGUUGCUGCCACUCAAGUAGCAACUGGUGCGAAGAGGAAGGGUAACGGAAGGAAGAGGGGCCAACAGGCUGACCCGGCGGCAAUCAACGAAGAGCCUGCCGAAAUGGUGCCAGCUACGAGAACGCGUCUGCAGACGGUUAAGAGGGGAGGUCGUCGUUGA